AUGGCUGACAAUUUUCCGAUACGCAAUGAUCCCUUCAACUUGGAAGAUUACCAAGGAGAGAUUUACUACCAUUACAAGGCGAAAAGAAGAACCCAAAAGGACGUCCUUUCAAUUUUGAAAGAUGUACAUGGUGUUAACGUGUCGAAGAAGCAGCUAACAACAGAGCUUAAGAGAUGGGGAUACUUUAAAUAUACCAAGACUUGUCAACUUCCAUCUAAUACACAAGAAAGCGAGACUCAACCAAGCGAUAAUUCCUCCCUACAGCUGUCUUUACCGCUGACUUCUGGCCAUGUCCAGAGGGGCAAUGGCGGCAUUGAGAACACUUCUCAUCGCAGCUCUAACGGUUCAGAAGAAAUCAUGAGCCAUGAUUCACCGCGUUUCCUGAGGGAAGAGCGAUGGCGAGGGUGUGAGACUGUAUUCUUCCAUAUCGACAAACUUAUCCAAGGCUCUUUUGAGGCCGGGGACUGGAGAUGGAGCGGCCGAGAAACAAUCAUCCAUUCAUCAAGCAAGCAACAGCAAGAUAAGGCGAUAUUGCAUUCGUUCCUAAACAGCGUUCAAUGUGCGCAUCUUUCUAUUGAUCGAAAUGAUCUGACUCAAGCCGUGCUGCAUUGGGACGCAGCAUAUCAGGCCGUGGAUCACCUCGUACAAGGCCAUUAUCAUGAUAUCAUUCCAAAUCUUGUACAGAAGAUCAACGACAUCAAUGAUAAGGGACAAGUACGAGUUGCCCUAGGGCUGCUACGGCACAUCACAAGAUGCGCUCAUACCUACCUCGAAGACAACGCUGCAGUAUACCCUAUUUACACUUCUCUCGCACACAUACCAACGGUGUACCUGCCGGCAUUGGAAGCAAGGAUAAUGGGCCGCUUCAAAGAAUCCUUUGAGUGGUAUCAAGGUCCUAGGAGCUACAAUAGUUCCGUUAUGAUGGUCAACCAGGCACGUAGAUUACUCAUGAGAGAUGAUGACGCUCGAUUUGAGGAUGUGCUCCCUCCAGUGGAUCAUUACGACAGGAUCUUCGGCGUUUGUAAUCGACGUUCAUUAGAUAUCAUCGCCCUCAGGCUUGAGGUUAUCUAUAAGAGAAGGCAAUUUGUCCAAUUGGAGACGGAGGCUACCAUUCUCAUCCAGCGCGCCAAGUUGAUUCGAGAUGAUGAUUGGCAUCGUUUGUAUAAUCUCGUCAGGGGAUGGUAUUAUCUUGGGUGCGCUCAAUUUUGUCUGCUCAAAUGGGUCCCAGCACUGACAAGCUUUGACCGCGCCCUACAAAGCGAUAAUCAGCUGAGAGAGCUGGGAAAUUGGACUAUUUUUGACACGGAGAGGGUGGCCAUAGAAGGGUUUAAAACGCACAUGUUUAAUUUUCCAGCUCACGGGGGAGUCAUUGAUCCACUGAUAUUAUAUCCGUGGGACUUUAGCUAG